AAGGGGCGGAGUCUGGACCAUCACUGCCGGUGUACAGGAGGGAAGGAGCGGGAGUGCAGACCGAGGAGCGCGCCACCGGAGCCUGGAGACUACCACACCGGCCCCGAGCCUCCUCUCCUGUGACGGGACAGUGACCUCUCCAGCAUUCCCCGGAUCGCAGCCUCUGCCUCGGCGUCGUGCCGCCGUCUGUUCUUUCAGAAAUGGCUUCUGUACUUGAACCUUCCUCCCCGGGCAGUGAUGGUGAAAUUGAAGUCAUGGUGAACAGUGGCCUUCAAGACGACGAUGAUUUGGAUGACGACCUCUCAGAAGUCGAAACGCCGAAAGUAAAGAAAAAGAAAAAACCCAAAAAGGGGCGGGAAUCCAAAACCCCCAAAGGAAAGCGUCAGAAAAAAGAGGAUGUUGAUGACAGCUCAGGGGAAGGAAAUGAUUUUGGGGACGAUGAUCUGGGACAUCUCCGCUCAGACAGCGAAGGCAGCGAUUACACCCCGGGAAAGAAGAAGAAAAAGAAGAUAGCUCAGAAGAAGGAAAAGAAAACGAAAGUGAAACCACGUGAGGAGGAAGAAGAUGACGAUGAUGAUUCCAAGGAACCAAAGACUUCAGCACAGCUUUUGGAAGACUGGGGCAUGGAGGACAUUGACCACCUGUUCACGGAGGACGAUUACAGGACCUUGACCAACUACAAGGCUUUCAGCCAGUUUGUCAGGCCGCUAAUUGCUGCGAAGAACCCCAAAAUUGCUGUCUCCAAGAUGAUGAUGGUUCUCGGAGCCAAGUGGAGGGAGUUCAGCACCAACAAUCCCUUGAAGGGCAGCUCUGGGGCAUCCGUGGCCGCUGCAGCUGCCGCCGCCGAGGCCGUGGUUGCCAGUAUGGUGGCAUCUACCGAGGUGGUCGCUCCUCCUCCUCCGCCACCUCCACCGCCACCAGUAGUUGAGGUUCCACUGCGCAAAGCCAAGACCAAGGAAGGAAAAGGACCCAACGCCAGGAAAAAACCAAAGGUCGUUCGUCCGCCGGAAAAAAAGGCCAAAGCCAAGAAGGUGGCUCCUCUGAAGAUCAAACUUGGGGGCUUUGGUAAACGGAAACGCUCUUCUAGUGAGGAGGAGGAUAUCGAUGCCGACUCAGACUAUGAUGAUGGCAGCAUGAACAGCCUGUCCGUAUCCGACGGGUCCACCAGCAAAAGUAGCCGAAGCCGCAAGAAACUCAGAGCCGCCAAGAAGAAGAAGAAAGAAGAUGAAGUCCCCGGUCCUGUUGAUGGCUAUGAAACGGACCACCAGGACUACUGUGAGGUUUGCCAGCAAGGAGGGGAGAUCAUCCUGUGUGAUACUUGUCCCCGAGCGUACCACAUGGUCUGCCUGGACCCCGAUAUGGACAAGGCACCCGAGGGCAAAUGGAGCUGCCCCCAUUGUGAAAAGGAGGGAGUCCAAUGGGAAGCCAAGGAGGACAACUCUGAGGAUGAGGAUUUGGAUGAGACUGUAGGUGACCCCGAGGAGGAGGAUCACCACAUGGAGUUCUGUCGUGUGUGUAAGGAUGGAGGGGAACUGCUGUGCUGUGACUCCUGUCCUUCCUCCUAUCACAUCCACUGUCUGAACCCGCCACUGCCAGAGAUACCCAAUGGGGAAUGGCUCUGCCCGAGAUGCACGUGUCCCGCCUUGAAGGGUAAAAUCCAGAAAAUUCUUAUCUGGAAGUGGGGGCAGCCGCCUUCUCCCACCUCAGCGCCCAAAGCGGCAGAUCCGGCUCCUACCAAACCUCUGGAGGGUAAAGCAGAGCGCGAGUUCUUCGUCAAGUGGCAGGGCAUGUCCUAUCUACAUAGCUCUUGGGUGACGGAACUGCAGUUGGAGCUGCACUGCCAGGUCAUGUUCAGGAACUACCAGCGGAAGAACGACAUGGACGAUCCUCCGGCCGCCGGCGAUUAUGGAGUAGAUGAAGAAGAGAAAAGCCGCAAAAGGAAAAACAAAGAUCCAAGAUAUCUAGAAAUGGAAGAGAAAUUCUUCCGCUAUGGAAUCAAGCCUGAGUGGAUAAUGAUUCACCGAAUACUAAACCACAGUGUGGACAAGAAGGGCAAUGUCCAUUAUUUCAUCAAGUGGCGAGACCUUGCGUAUGAUCAGGCGUCUUGGGAGUUGGAAGAUUUAGACAUUCAGGACUAUGACAUUUACAAACAGGGCUACUGGAACCACAGGGAACUAAUGUGUGGUGAUGAAGGACGUCCCAGCAAAAAAAUUAAGAAACUUAAACUCAAAAAGCUUGAGCGACCUCCAGACACCCCAUCUGUGGAUCCCACAGUGAAAUACGACCGCCAGCCAGAUUACUUGGAAUGUACCGGAGGAACCCUUCACCCCUACCAGCUGGAGGGAUUGAACUGGCUGCGUUUCUCAUGGGCGCAGGGCACCGAUACCAUUCUUGCCGAUGAAAUGGGUUUGGGCAAGACGGUGCAAACUGCAGUCUUCUUGUAUUCUCUUUAUAAAGAGGGUCACUCUAAAGGUCCUUUCCUGGUCAGUGCACCCCUGUCCACCAUCAUCAACUGGGAGCGUGAAUUUGAGAUGUGGGCUCCCGACAUCUACGUUGUCACUUACGUUGGGGACAAGGACAGCCGAGCCGUCAUUCGUGAGAACGAGUUUUCCUUUGAAGACAACGCAAUCCGAGGAGGCAAGAAAGCAUCGAGAAUGAAGAAAGAUUCCGCAGUAAAAUUCCAUGUACUGUUGACAUCCUAUGAGCUGAUUACCAUAGACAUGGCUGUCUUGGGGUCCAUAGAUUGGGCUUGUCUUGUGGUGGAUGAAGCUCACCGUCUGAAAAAUAACCAGUCCAAGUUUUUCAGAGUUCUGAACAACUACAGUCUUCAGCAUAAACUGCUUCUCACAGGAACCCCCCUACAGAACAACCUGGAGGAAUUGUUCCAUUUGCUCAAUUUCUUGACUCCGGAGCGUUUCAACAACUUGGAGGGCUUCUUGGAGGAAUUUGCCGACAUUGCCAAGGAAGAUCAAAUUAAGAAACUUCACGACAUGCUGGGUCCUCACAUGUUGAGAAGAUUGAAGGCCGACGUGUUCAAGAAUAUGCCCUCUAAGACGGAGCUGAUUGUGCGUGUGGAGCUGAGCCCCAUGCAGAAGAAAUACUACAAGUUCAUCCUCACUAGAAAUUUUGAGGCUCUGAAUACUCGAGGAGGAGGCAACCAAGUGUCUCUGCUCAACGUGGUGAUGGAUCUGAAGAAAUGCUGCAACCAUCCAUACCUCUUCCCUGUGGCUGCCAUGGAAGCUCCAAAGAUGCCGAAUGGAAUGUAUGAUGGUGGCGCUCUCAUCAAAGGGGCUGGAAAGCUGCUGCUGCUCCAAAAGAUGCUGAGAAAUCUGAAGGAUAACGGACACAGAGUGCUGAUCUUCUCUCAGAUGACCAAGAUGUUGGACUUGCUGGAAGACUUCAUGGAGCACGAGGGGUAUAAAUAUGAGAGAAUAGAUGGUGGAAUUACUGGAAACAUGCGUCAGGAGGCCAUCGAUCGCUUUAAUGCUCCCGGUGCUCAGCAGUUUUGUUUCCUUCUGUCCACUCGUGCUGGAGGUUUGGGUAUUAAUCUCGCCACAGCCGAUACUGUCGUCAUCUAUGACUCCGAUUGGAACCCUCACAAUGAUAUUCAGGCUUUCAGCAGAGCUCAUCGUAUUGGACAGAACAGGAAGGUUAUGAUCUAUCGGUUCGUCACUCGUGCCUCCGUAGAAGAGAGGAUUACUCAGGUAGCGAAGAAAAAGAUGAUGCUGACCCACUUGGUCGUAAGGCCGGGUCUCGGCUCCAAAACUGGGUCAAUGUCCAAGCAGGAGCUGGACGAUAUCUUGAAGUUUGGUACAGAAGAGCUCUUUAAAGAUGAGCUAACAGAAGCUGGUCUAAGUGAGAACAAGGAGGGAGAAGACCUCAGUGUUAUCCACUAUGAUGACAGAGCCAUUGAUCAACUACUGGACAGGAACCAAGAUCAUCAGAUAGAGGACACUGAGAUCCAAGGAAUGAACGAAUAUCUGAGCUCCUUUAAGGUGGCGCAGUAUGUCGUCCGAGACGAAGAGCUGGCCGAUGAAGAGGAGGUGGUCCGUGAGAUCAUCAAGCAGGAAGAGAGCGUUGAUCCCGACUAUUGGGAGAAACUUCUCCGGCAUCAUUAUGAACAGCAGCAAGAGGACCUGGCACGAAACCUGGGCAAAGGAAAGCGAAUUCGAAAACAAGUCAAUUAUAAUGAUGGCAGCCAGGAGGACAGAGGUGAGAAGCGGGCCCACAGAGAUUGGCAGGAUGAUCAGUCUGAUAACCAGUCUGAUUAUUCUGUGGCCUCAGAAGAAGGCGAUGAAGACUUUGAUGAACGAUCAGAAGCUGCUCGCCGGCCCAACAGGAAAGGCUUGAGAAACGACAAGGACAAACCACUCCCUCCACUACUGGCCCGUGUGGGAGGCAAUAUCGAGGUUUUGGGAUUCAAUGCCAGACAAAGAAAGGCUUUCUUGAAUGCCAUUAUGCGCUAUGGAAUGCCCCCUCAGGAUGCCUUUACCACCCAGUGGCUUGUAAGAGAUCUGCGUGGCAAAUCAGAGAAGGAGUUUAAGGCAUAUGUGUCGUUAUUCAUGCGUCAUCUCUGUGAACCCGGAGCAGACGGGGCGGAGACAUUUGCAGACGGAGUCCCAAGAGAAGGUCUAUCCCGACAACAUGUGCUGACCAGGAUCGGCGUUAUGUCUCUUAUUCGGAAGAAGGUUCAGGAGUUUGAGCACGUAAACGGGCGCUGGAGUAUGCCAGAGCUGGCUGAAGCGGAGGAGAACAAGAAGAAUUCACCUGCCGAUUCUCCAUCACCCAAAACUCCCACCCCAUCUACACCGGGGGAUACACAGCCCAAUACACCCGCUCCUACCCCUUCAACUGAUGAGCCUGCAAAGUCUGAAGAGAGUGCUGUGAAGGAAGAGACACCACCAGAAACCGAAACAAAACCCCCGGAGGAGAUUACAGAGCAGACCACCCAGCCUGCUGCUGCUACACCUACACCAGCACCACCAACAUCCACAGCAACCUCCACAGAGAACCAAUCUCCCGCUGCCCCGGCGGAGGUAAAACCAGAGGAGGCGGAGAAAGAGGAGAAGCCGCCUGCAGCAGAGCCAAUGGAAACGGAGACCCCGACUCCAAAGGUAGAGGUAGAUAAAUCAGACGACGUCAUCACUAUAGACGACAAGAAAGAUGAUGUCCCACCAUCAGUCCCAUUGCAAAAUGGAGAGACCCCCAAAGAAGCUGCAGAGGAGAAGAAGAAAGUCGUUGCCACGAAACAAAGAUUCAUGUUCAACAUUGCGGAUGGCGGGUUCACAGAGCUGCACUCGUUAUGGCAAAAUGAAGAGCGAGCGGCAACUGUGACCAAGAAGACGAAUGAGAUCUGGCACAGGCGACACGACUACUGGCUGCUUUCUGGCAUUAUAACACAUGGCUAUGCACGCUGGCAAGACAUCCAGAACGACGUUCGAUAUGCCAUUCUCAACGAACCCUUCAAGGGAGAGGUGAACCGAGGAAACUUCCUGGAAAUCAAGAACAAGUUCCUGGCACGGCGAUUCAAACUCUUGGAACAAGCACUUGUCAUAGAAGAGCAGCUAAGAAGAGCCGCGUACCUGAACAUGUCAGAAGACCCUUCCCACCCCUCCAUGGCUCUGAACACGAGAUUCGCAGAGGUGGAGUGUUUGGCGGAAAGUCAUCAGCACUUAUCUAAAGAGUCCAUGGCGGGAAACAAGCCAGCAAAUGCCGUUCUUCAUAAAGUACUUAAGCAGUUGGAGGAACUGUUAAGCGACAUGAAGGCCGACGUCACCAGACUCCCCACCACCAUCGCCCGAAUCCCACCUGUGGCCGUUCGACUGCAGAUGUCAGAGAGAAACAUUUUGAGCCGACUGGCGAGCAGGACCGGAGAACCUCAACCCCAACAGAUGGCUCAGCAAUAAUGAACACCCUCCUCUGGUCAGGAGGUCAGUGUCCACCCACCCCAAACAUUCCCAACCAAGAGCCCUGGGAAAAAAAGGGCAUUGGACCGGUUCACCGAAAUAAGUCAUCCAGGGAGAAGACUCAGCAGAGCUGAACCCCAACCCCCCCUCCGGGAACAUUUUAAUUAAGAGGGUCACAGAAAUCCUGCAAGGGCGUCGCUGUGACCGCACAGAAGCCUGGAGGCAGAUCCUAUGGUGGUGCUGCUGCUGCUUCGUAAAAUGGGGUUCACCCCUCCCUUACGGGGGAGGGGGGGUUCAGGGUUUGCAUCGAAUGCCCCAAAGGCCAGAAACUCGACUUGUGCACAGGAGCUGCUGCCUGGGAUAAGAAGAAGGAAAUACUUUGUUUUUUUUGUUUUUUUGGUCUUUAAUUUUAUUUGCGCCAAUCCCCCUCACACUGCCCGAGGGGGGCAGGAGGGGUGUCAAACCAGGACAGACACCCUACCUCCAUCCUUUUUAAUACAGAACGCGUUGUCGUAUAAUAAAACACAAAAUGCUAUUGA